GAGACAUGUCUUUCUUAAUCUUCGUUUGACGGCUACAUCAUAUUCGUUCGGUGGAGUACUAACAGUUACAAACAUCUACCUCUGUAGAAUCGUCUUCUUCUCCGGCUGAUCUCAUGGCCGCCGGCAAACGUUUCAACGAAUCAGUGCUCGAGCAGCUUAAACACGGCCACGCCUCCUUCGAGCUCGUAUCUUCUCCGGUUGCUUCAAUCUUCACCCCUCAAACUUCUGCUUCUCCUGCUUCAUUUCUCAGUGGCCGCGGCCAUACAUUCUUCGCUAGAAUCAGAUUACUCAAGAGUUUCAGUGGCUUAAGAUCCUUAUAUUUGUUGUCUAGUCAUGGGAGCUCACAUGCAAUGAAGAAACUGCAGUUUUACUCAGUUCAGAAAGUUACUGGCGAUGGGCGGUGUCUUUUUCGUGCUUUGGUUAAAGGAAUGUCAUUCAAUAAGGGCAUAGCACUUAGCGCAAGGGAAGAAAGAGAAAAUGCAGAUGAUCUAAGGAUGGCUGUGAAAGAGGUUAUAUGUAAUAGUGAAAAAGAACGUAGUCAAUAUGAAGAGGCAUUGAUAGCAAUCACAGUUGAGGAAUCAUUAAAACGUUAUUGCCAACGCAUUGGAAGGCCUGAUUUUUGGGGAGGAGAAUCAGAGCUUCUGGUACUAUCAAAGCUAUGUCACCAACCAAUCAUUGUAUACAUACCAGAGCAUGAGCAUACAAGGGGCGGGCAGGGGUCGGGUUUCAUCCCUAUUGCGGAAUAUGGUGCUGAAUUUGGAAAGGGUUCAAGAAAAGUGAAGCCAAAAAAGGUUGUGAGGCUUUUGUAUAGUGGCAAAAAUCACUAUGACCUACUUGUAUGAGAAAUGAAACAAUUAGCUAUAAAUUAUUUUUGUGAUAUGAAGAAAUCUAUAUUAAGAUUCUUAUUGGUUCCAUUUAGGACUUUGAGUUAUUCCAUUUU